CCUGUCUAAUUACUUUUAACAAAGAAGACAGAAAAAAAAUUCGGGGGUCAGAACAACUCUUCCCUCCCUUUCCCUUUCCCACCAUUUCCUACCCGGAAGACUGUCAACUUGGAGCAAGUUUCAGGUACAAUCACUACUAUCCCUUAGCUAGCAAUUAUUUGGCUUUCCGCCCCACCAGGCGUUUAAGCCCCUCCUUUCCCCCUUGCAUCUCGAACCUUUAGCCCCGCCAUCAUUCUUUAUCAUUAUUGACAGACAAUCCUCGACCAGCAGAGAACCUCCCCUGAUUUCUUCUGUAGACCGAAGAAUUGAAAAGAGAAACCCAAACUAGAAAUUCCGACCGCCACUGCACUCUUUUCCUUCUUGCCAUUCGCGAUAGGCGGCUCCCCCCCCCCUUCCUCCACCCGUCAACAUGUCCGACCACCAGUACAAAUUCGACGUCACCAUGAGCUGCGGUGGUUGCUCCGGAGCCGUGGAACGAGUUCUUAAGAAGCUUGAGGGGGUCAAGUCCUUCGAUGUGAGCCUGGAAUCGCAAACCGCAACGGUUGUGACCGACUCCUCCGUGUCAUAUGAGACUGUGUUGGCGACGAUCAAGAAGACUGGAAAGACAGUUACCGGGGGGAAUGCGGAUGGGCAGCCCCAGGGUGUUUGAACGUGAAGAGGACAAUGGGCGUUUGAUAAUUUGGGUGCGAUUAUCAAGGAUGCACCUAUUGGGGGGCUGUACCGAGUGAUUUUCAUAUUUAUCCUUUCUCCUGAUAUAUAUGUGCUUUCCAUCCUGCGUGUGUAAAUUCCUUUCGUAAAAAUCUGGAACAAGCACAUAUAUC